AUGAACAUGUUAUCUAGGCUUGCUUUAAGGUCUACUAUCAGACCAAGGAAUAUAUUACAAUCAAGUCGAUUGUUUAGUGUUUCCGCAGGAAGAUUACAAGAACAACCUCAAAACUCCACCAAUGAACCAGCUGCUAAACCAAAGAAAAGACCAUUGAGUAGAGUUGCCAUUGGUGGUUCUUCAGACCAGAAUAAAAGACAAGGAUUUGGUAUGUCAGUUGAGUUUGCUACAUGGAAGGCUGUUCUUCUUUUAUUGACAGUAGGUGGGUUUGGUGCCUAUUAUUUUCAAAGAGAAAAAGAAAGAUUACACAAAAGACGUGAAAUGGAAGCUAAUAAAUCUAUUGGUACUCCAUUGAUUGGUGGUCCAUUUACGUUGCAAGAUACCAAAGGUAACAAAUUUACAGAGCAAAACUUGGUUGAUCCCAAUUUCAAGAGAUUUUCCAUUUUAUAUUUUGGAUUCACUCAUUGUCCAGAUGUUUGUCCUGAAGAAUUGGAUAAAUUGGGAGAUAUGUUGGAUAAAUUGGCCAAAGAUGGUGUACCUAUACAACCAGUAUUUAUCACAUGUGAUCCUGCCAGAGACACUCCUGAAGUUCUUGAUGCGUACUUGAACGAUUUCCAUCCAGGUAUAAUUGGGUUGACUGGUACAUUUGAACAAGUCAAGAAUACUUGUAAAAAAUUCAGAGUGUAUUUCUCCACCCCACCCGAUGUCAAGCCAGGUCAAGAUUACUUGGUUGACCAUCUGAUUUUCUUUUAUUUGAUUGAUCCAGAAGGUAACUUUGUUGAUGUUAUUGGUAGAGAAUCCGAAGCUCUCGAGAGUGCAACGAAAAUAGCCAAAUACUCUGAAGCUUUUAUCCCAGAAAAAGAGAGAAUACAGAAAAAGGAAGGAAUCUUUGGAUUUCUUUAUAAAUGA